AUUAACAUACCAAACGUUCCUUUUCACAAUUACUUUUAGUUUCAUGUUCAGUGUUUUUGGCUUAUUUGUUGAUUGAAUGUGUUCAAAAACGAGUAAGGUUGUAUGAGUCGCCGCCGUGCUCGAUAAAACAUUUCUGGUUUUCGUUCACUUAUUUACCUUUUUGUCUGCUCAGCUGUGUUUUGCAUUUUCAUAUUUGCAUAUUUACCUUGAGAAAAAAAAAAAGGAGUAGUUUCGGGGGCGGGUGUACUGCAGUGGAGCGAAGCGAGCAGACCUCCAGCCUGAGGCGGGCUGUUGGUUGGAGUGUGUCCGGCAGAGGAGGCAGUCUUCUCGGCGGGGGGCUUGGUGUAACUAGCGCUUGGGUCUGGUAGAGUCAAAGGCAAGCGGAAGGGUUUUCUUCAUGUCCCCGGCACGUUAAACACAAAUGAACCGGGCGUUGGAGGAGCGAACACGCAGAAAGGUCUGGACGAGGGUCGCUUUUGGACGACAAGCUUCCAGUUGGCAGAGGAUCUUUUGUAUUUCCUCACUGAAUGCUGAGGACAUUUUGGAUUUUUUUACUCCUCUGACAUUUAAGUCUUAACCAGCCGGGACUUGCUCAUACUCACUGUCUUUUUUUUAUGAUGUUUUAUUUUUCAUGUGAAAUGAGCCACUUUUGUAGCGCUUUUCUUUGGAAAAUGUGCUCUUUGGGCCAAUUUUACUCGCUCUUUUAAGUGGGCUACAUUAGCUAGCUACUAGCCUAGCUAAAAGCCCUGCGAAGUACCGUCUUCUUAGCGGACUAAUGUCCACUUAUACACAUCAAGUUUGACUGGGCUCGGGUCACCUGUGUCGUGGACAUCACGGGUGGACAAACGAACGUUACGAAAACAUCCAGUAGAGGAGUUGUUCCUGCUGGGUCCUUACCAGUCGCUCACAGGCCGUCCAGGUGCUUGAUGACAAGUGCCUGAGGAUGUCGAAACGAAGCUUCUUCGUUCGUCUGGUGCCGUGCCGCUGCUUGCGAGGCGAGGAGGAGGCAGUAACGUCACUCGACUACUCCCACAGCAGCCUGGAGACGGUUCCCAAGGAUAUCUUUAGCUUUGAGAAGACGCUGCAGGAGCUCUGCCUUGAUGCCAACCAGAUUGAGGAGCUGCCUAAACAACUGUUCAACUGCCAGCUACUCCAGCGACUGAGCAUGCCAGAUAAUGACUUGACCGUGUUGCCAGCCGGGAUCGCUAACCUCAUCAAUCUCAGGGAGCUUGACGUCAGCAAAAACAGUAUCCAGGAGUUUCCAGAGAAUAUCAAGAACUGCAAAGUGCUUACUAUUGUGGAGGCCAGCGUGAAUCCUAUCUCCAAGCUCCCUGAAGGCUUCACCCAACUCAUGAGCCUGACCCAGCUCUACUUGAAUGAUGCCUUCCUGGAGUUCCUACCAGCCAGCUUUGGCAGGCUGACAAAGUUGCAGAUUUUGGAGCUGAGAGAGAACCAGUUGAAGAUGUUGCCAAAAAGCAUGCAGAAGCUCACACAGUUGGAGAGGUUGGACCUGGGCAGCAAUGAGUUCACUGAAGUGCCUGAGGUGAUGGAGCAACUGACUGGAAUCAAGGAGCUCUGGAUGGAUGGAAACAGACUGACCUUCUUACCAGGGAUGCUGGGCAUGCUCAAAGAGUUGGUGUACCUGGAUGUCUCCAAGAACAACCUGGAGAUGGUGGAUGAGCAAAUCUGCGGUGCUGAAAGUCUGCAGGACCUGCUGCUCUCCAACAACGCUCUGACGCAACUGCCCGGCUCCAUCGGCUCGCUGAAGAAACUGACUGCUCUGAAGGUGGAUGAGAACCAACUGAUGUACUUGCCUGACUCCAUUGGAGGGCUGACUGGUCUGGAUGAACUGGAUUGCAGCUUCAACGAGAUCGAAGCCUUGCCGUCCUCCAUCGGCCAGUGUGUCAGCAUCCGCACCUUCGCUGCGGAUCACAACUUCCUUAGCCAGCUUCCCCCGGAAAUGGGCAACUGGAAGAGUGCAACGGUGCUUUUCCUCCAUUCCAACAAGCUGGAGUCGCUGCCGGAGGAAAUGGGCGACAUGCAGAAGCUAAAGGUCAUCAAUCUGAGCAACAACAAAUUGAGGAACAUCCCCUACAGUUUCACUAAACUGAGCCAAAUGACAGCAAUGUGGCUGUCUGAAAAUCAGUCCAAACCCUUGAUCCCACUGCAGAAAGAAGAGGAUCCAGAGACUAAGAAAACGGUGCUGACAAACUACAUGUUCCCCCAGCAGACCAGGACAGAGGACUACAUUCCCAACUCUGACUCGGACAGCUUUAAUCCAACCUUGUGGGAGGAGCAGCGCAAACACAGAGCUCAGGUGGCGUUUGAGUGUGACGAGGACAAGGACGAGAGGGAAACGCCUCCGAGAGAGGGCAACCUUAAGCGCUACCCCACUCCGUAUCCAGAUGAGCUGAAGAACAUGGUGAAGACGGCCCAGUCGGUGGCACACAGGCUCAAGGAGGACGAGUCGGGCGAUGAGUCUGUAAAAGACUCCAAACCCAUGGAGAGGAACCAUAUUGGUGUGCAGGAUGUGGGAGUAAAGGUGAUAGAAGCCCCCUGUCCUAAUGGCCGGCUGUCAGACACAGAGUCCAAAGCUUGCAACGUCACAUUCACGAUCCCCAACCAUCCAGAACCAGCAUCAAAGGACACGUCUGAGUCUUUCAGCUCCCAGCUUGUCCCACUCAGGUCAUCAGAGGGCUCCCUGAUGAACCACGAGGACACGCUGGAGGACUCUGAGGAGCUGUCUGAAGAAGAGGGAGAGAUGAAAAUUGCCGAGAUGAGGCCGCCUCUCAUUGAGAUCUCCAUCAACCAGCCUAAAGUGGUGAUGAUAAGUAAGGACAAGAAAGACGACAGCAAGGAUGCGGACUCGCUGCUUGACGACACGGUGGCCAACAGCAACCAAAACAACAGCAACUGCUCGUCACCGUCACGCAUGUCGGACUCUGUGUCGCUGACCACCGACAGCAGUCAGGACAACUCCCUGUGCACCCCGGAGAGGGAGGCAAAGAUGCCCUUCCUUUCAAAAAGCAGGCAAGAAGACGAGAACAUGAACCCUUCCAAAGACACCAGCACGCUCCUUCAUAACGGCAACGGCUCUGAAACGUCUCUCCAAGCGCUGCUGAGGGGCCAGCAGACCACCACCGAGCCAGCGGGCGACUAUGACCUGUCCAUGGAGGCCAGACUGGCCUUCAUCGAAAAGGGACUGAACAACGGUGUGGGAGACGGCUACACCAAGUGGGACCAGAUCAACAUGAACGUGUCCAACCCGCCGACAGACAACAUGGUCCAGCUGGAACCUCACAAUGGUUCACUCGGACGGGAGGAAGUUGACGCCAAGCGAGGUUAUGACAACAUGCAGCACUUUCAAAACGGGAACCAGCAGGUCGUGUCCGCGGCCGGCGUGACAUCAAGUGGCGAGAUGUCUCGCAGCACCGAGGAACUGUCUCCAGAGAGGAGGGGCCACGCCCCUCAGGUGACCAAGUCUCAGAGUGUCAGCAACAUAGAAACGGGCGCAUUGAAGCCGUACUCGUUUGACAACGAUGGCGACGCCGCAGCAGAGGCUAGGAUGGUAGGCAGUGGCCCCGGGCCCAGUCAGGGCUCCACGGCUCAGGGCCAGAGCAUAAUGAGGAGCAAAUCCGCCUCCUUGCUCAACGACCAGACUCUUCAGGUCUACCCGAGCUCUCACGCCUCCUCCUCAGACAUGCUGUCGUCCUCAAAUCUUGCCACCAGCUCCAGCAGGUACCCAGCCCCCUCCAGCAUGGCAAUGGGCGCGCCCCCUCCUCAAUACAAUGUACAGUACGCAAGCAGCGCCAUGCCAAAAGAGGGGAUGUGGACCCAGAGGACGCCAAUUCCUCCAGAACACCAAGGCUACCUCCCACCUGCUGCCCACUCACUCGCCAACACCAACUACUCCAACCGUAAUCAGGCCCCCCCCUACCCACUGCAGCCACAGCACAGGGCCCCCCCCAUAGGAUGCAAACUUCCUGGAGACAUUUGGGCCAAGGAUAGGCUUCCGUCUACCAGCAGCCUGUCCAGUGGGGGUCCAUUACAGCGGCAGAGUAGCACCACCUCCGUGGGCGAGGGCAGACGCAUGCAGCUGCCUGAGGGUGACUACAUGACCUACAGGGACAUCCACACCCUCGCCAGGGGCCCGCUGGCCAUGAGCCAGGCGGCGCAGAGGCCCAUUUCGGCCCGCACUUACAGCAUUGACAUCUCCACUCCAGCCCGUCCUCCCGCCGCCAGGCCGCAGCCCCACGAGCUUCCAGAGAGGACAAUGUCGGUCAGCGACUUCCACUACCAGCAAGGCAGCCCCAGCAAGAGGCCCAAUGUCAGGGUGAGGUCGGAGCACUCCCUCCUGGACGGGCCCGGGCUGGUGUCGGGGGGACCGGGAAGGGUACCGGUGGACUGGAGGGACCAGGUGAUGCGGCACAUUGAGGCCAAGAAAAUGGAAAAGAACGCACUGUCUCGCUCCUAUAAUUCCAAUAGCGCGCCGCUGGGCUCCUCCCACUACAGCAGCUGUAGGGAUGUGCGAGUCAGCCACGGCUCGCUGGUGUUUAGGCCCUAUGGCGCCUUCAGCGACGAUGUGUUUGGACCGCCAGGUCAGCAGAGCUACACCAUGGACUCGCGCAGAAAAGUACCUCUGAUGAACGGACAGAUGAGCUCAACCGCUCGUCCUCACAUGAGCCAGGCGCCCAUGGCCCGCCAUCCCUCGAGAGAGCAGCUCAUUGAUUACUUGAUGCUCAAAGUCUCACAGCAGGGACCCCCGCGGGCGCCACACGAGGCACCACAGCACGAGAUCCAUGUGAAGGUGGAGAAAAAUCCUGAACUUGGUUUCAGUAUAUCGGGAGGAGUGGGAGGUCGUGGCAACCCUUUUCGUCCAGAUGACAAUGGGAUUUUUGUGACGAGGGUCCAACCUGAGGGACCGGCUUCCAAGAUUCUUCAGCCUGGUGAUAGAAUUAUCCAAGCGAAUGGAUACAGCUUUGUGAAUAUCGACCACGGGAACGCUGUUUCCCUCCUCAAGACCUUUGCCAACACUGUGGAUCUGACAAUCGCGAGAGACGUGCAAGCGUAGACGGGACUGGGAACAGGAGAUGUUAUUUUUCUAGAUCCAUGGGCACCUGUUGGGACUAUUUGUGGUAGCUGAAACGGGAGAACGCCACUCGAAUGUAAGCGGGUCGACACGGCCAACAUCAGCCAACGGGGCCGUCACUGUGGUUUCUAUUUUUAUACAAACUGAGCUCCCUUCGUGCAGAGAAUUCCAUGUUCUACCACUUGUCACCAUGACCACUAGGGGGGCAGGGCUCCCCCGCCCCCCCCCCCCCUUUCACUCAUCCACUUUGCCCUUUUUUUUCCAACUUUUGAUGUGAAAUGUCUGCAGUUCAAGGUGGACUGUGUCCUGUGCUGGUGGAGCGCGGGUGGAUGUGGAUGAAGGCGAUGUUUGAGAACCUGCAGACACCCCGCGUCCUGUCCAGCCGGCCACGUUCCCGUCAUACCUCGGAAGAAUCGGUUUCUCGGACCAGGAGAGUUCAAAGUAGAAACAAGAAGAAAGUAGGAGAGCUGCUCGGCCUUAAUGUGCUAGAGACGUUUUAAUUUUUUACAGCGUGGCCGCUCUUCUACACGACCAAAGCAAGUGUGCACAUUAGGGAUGGAGAGGAUUAGUAAGAACAGGUCACCAUUUCAUGGUUUUGUUUUGAUUUAAGGCGGCCACCAUGUGGAUUCAUACUUUACCUUUGGGACACCACCACACUUUGCCUUUCUUUUUAUGUCCAUUCAUGUGAAUUUGAGUUCUUUCUGUGUGGGAGCAGCAAGUGCCAUAUUGACCUGGGGAUGACCUUUGAACCCAGCACCACCAAGCAAUAGUCCGUUUGCAGCUUCCAGGCUUCGAAGCAAUAACAAAAAAAUCACAUUGGAUUGUUUUUAAACCCUUUUAGAAACACCUGAUGAUUUUACAUGAUUUUGUUUCUUUUAUAUCAAAAGGUUUUGUAAUGAAAUAGCACAUGAAAUAUAUAUAUGUAUAUGUAUAGGAUAGUGUGAAGAAAAGUCUGCGUGGUGUAAAUGUUUGUCACCCUUUAUAACGUAGGUGUUCAAAGUCAAAAUGAUUUUAUUCACCUGUCAGCUGCAUGAAGUGAGUCCGUCAUUCCCUUCCAGCAGGACAUUAAUGAGCACAUUCAUGCAGACCAAGUUGGGCAUAAUUCUGUUAAUUAACAGUCACGUUUCAUACAAGAUCAGCAUGGAUACUUUUUUCUGGCAAAUGGUGAUUUAAUGUGCAGUUUUCAAAAUGUUAUUUUGUUUCCUUGUUGGUGAUUCUGAUUUCUAUACAUGUUAAUUACAGUCUGUCUUUGUUGACAAUCUUGGGAGAUCAUUUGUGGGUUUCUUCAUCCAUGACGUCUUAUUUAUUUUUGAAGGCUUGUUUUAGACCGUACUAAUCAAAAUGUAAAUACGCAGAAACAGAAAAUGAACGACGAGAUUAUCAAGUUUCAGAUGUACAACCAGCAAUAAGUUCCACUGCAGAGAGGCACCAGUUUUCAUGAAUCGCUUGUAUGUUUCUAUUGUACCUGAAAUGGUCACAGUGACGUCGACAUGCAUUCAUGCCACAUUCCAGAUUUUGUACAUAGUGUUUCUGGCACAACCUGUGGAAAAUAAACUAAUGCUCUUUCACAAUGAACAA